AUGCUUGAACUCUGGGAUCGUCUGCUUCUGGUGAGUCCUCCUCCCUGGGCGGGCGCGGGGUUGGAGUGCCAGGGGACCCGGUUGCGGGUCCGUCUCCGGGGGCUGGGGACGCGCGGGGGUGGGGGACGGCUAGGACUUUCCUGUGGUGGAGAUUCUCAAGGUGCAGAGGGACUCCCUUUUCUGGGGGGCUCGAGCUCUAGGCGCUUUGUGGGAAGGGAUAAGGAACUAGCCUUGGAGAAUUUUUGUGACUUUACUCCAGUACCAGGGUUGAUACUUACCAUGACUGCUGUGACCGCUAUCAGCCUUGAGGGGUUGAUAUUGAGGAAGAAUAUCACUAAACGUGACCACAUCUGUGAGAAAGGACAGUAUCAUGUAGCCAGCAGUAACCUGUGUUGUCAAUUAUGCCCUCCUGGCAAAAAGAAAACUAAUGACUGCAGUGUCAAUGGAAAACUACCAAAUUGUAGUUUUUGUCAAGAAGGGGAAGAGUACACAGAAGAGGCUAAUUUUUUAGAGAAAUGCAGGAAAUGUGGCAUUUGUGAUAAAGAACACGGUUUAGAAGUGGAACAAAACUGUACCAAAAUCCAGAAUACCAAGUGCAGAUGUAAAGCAAACUUUUUCUGUGAUGAUAAUUCAUGUGAGCACUGUUACCCUUGCAACGUGUGUGAACAUGGAGUCAUUGAGAAAUGCACACCGACCAGAAAUGCUAAAUGCAAAGAAAAAGGAUCUAAACCUGAGGCAUUGUGGUUAUGUUCCCUGCUCGUGUUAAUUAUACCUGCAAUAAUUUGGGAUGUUGACUUGAGUAAAUAUAUCAGUCAUAUUGCUGAUCAAAUGACAAUAAAUCAAGUGAAAGAAUUUGUUCGAAAGAAUGGUAUCCAUGAAGCCAGAAUUGAUGAGAUCAAAAAUAACCAUCCCCAAGAUACAGCUGAACAAAAAGUCCAGCUGCUCCGUGCUUGGUAUCAGUUGCAUGGGAAGAAAGGUGCUUUCAGCACUUUGAUGAAAGGCUUAAAAAAAGCCCAUCUGUGUGCUCUUGCAGAAAAAAUUCAGGAGAUAGUUGAGAAGGACAGUAUUAGUAAUAAUGAGAAUGCAAGCAUCAGAAAUGCAAAAGAAAAAGAAAUGCAAAGUUUGGUCUAG